CGGCUCCGGUGGCUCCGAGACUCGGGGCACGUUCUACCACGAAGGCUCGCGAGAGGGCGCCGUGACCCCCCGAGUCACGCUCCGAGUGCUCGGGACACCCCGCGGCCUCGCCGUCCCGCCUAGGGCUCGGGGACGCUCCGCGCGGCGGCAAGCCGACGGUCGGGGGACGGAAGGCUCUACACCCCUCGAUCUGGGGUGCCCCAGUGAGGGGUGUGGGACGACUCGGGACCCCAGCCAGCGGGGGCCAGGAGUGCGGGCGGGGACGUCUUCCGAGUGGGAUCCGGACUUGGGUUCCGAGAGAGCCAGGAGCACCUUUGCAAACUGAGGGCUGGGGAGCGGGUCGCCCUCAUCGGGGGGAGAGAGGGACGGGGAGGGGUGCGAGGAAUCGGGUCACUAGCACACAGACGUGACCAGGGACGCAGGGACACGUCCCCAAGUCGGUCGGGACUCCUCCGGGCCCUGAGGCGUCCCAGCGACCGCACUGACACGGCCACCAAAAAAAAAAAAAAAGAAGCGCUCGCCCCAGCUCGGCUCAGCUCGCGCCACCCGCUCCGGAACCCAAGUGCCGAGGCUACCGUGUGAGGAGGACGAGCAGCGGAGUCGGACCUGCGCCGGAAGUGAGGCACUGAGCGCCCGCGGCCCCUGCUAUGGCGCACAUCACCAUUAACCAGUACCUACAGCAGGUGUAUGAAGCCAUUGACACCAGAGAUGGAGCAUCCUGUGCAGAGCUGGUAUCCUUCAAGCACCCUCAUGUUGCAAACCCACGGCUCCAGAUGGCCUCUCCAGAAGAGAAAUGCCAGCAAGUCCUGGAGCCCCCUUACGAUGAGAUGUUUGCAGCUCAUUUAAGGUGUACCUAUGCUGUGGGGAAUCACGACUUCAUAGAAGCGUACAAGUGCCAGACAGUGAUAGUCCAAUCAUUCCUUCGGGCAUUCCAGGCUCACAAAGAAGAAAACUGGGCUCUACCUGUCAUGUAUGCAGUAGCACUUGACCUUCGGAUAUUUGCCAAUAAUGCCGACCAGCAGUUGGUAAAGAAAGGGAAGAGCAAAGUUGGAGACAUGCUGGAAAAAGCCGCCGAGCUGCUGAUGAGCUGCUUCCGUGUCUGUGCCAGUGACACCCGUGCCGGCAUAGAAGACUCUAAGAAGUGGGGGAUGCUGUUCCUGGUGAACCAGCUAUUUAAAAUCUACUUUAAGAUCAACAAACUCCAUUUGUGUAAACCUCUUAUCAGAGCCAUCGACAGCUCGAAUCUGAAAGACGACUAUAGCACAGCGCAAAGGAUCACGUACAAGUACUACGUGGGGCGCAAGGCCAUGUUCGACAGUGACUUCAAGCAAGCUGAGGAGUACCUGUCGUUUGCCUUUGAACACUGCCAUCGCUCCAGCCAGAAGAACAAGAGGAUGAUUCUCAUCUACCUGCUGCCAGUGAAGAUGCUGCUGGGUCACAUGCCAACCAUCGAGCUCCUGAGGAAAUACCGCCUGAUGCAGUUUUCAGAAGUGACCAAAGCCGUCAGUGAGGGCAAUCUGCUGCUGCUCAAUGAGGCACUGGCAAAGCAUGAGACGUUCUUCAUCCGCUGCGGCAUCUUCCUCAUCCUGGAGAAGCUGAAGAUCAUCACGUACAGGAACCUCUUCAAGAAAGUAUAUCUGUUACUCAAGACACAUCAGCUGUCUCUAGAUGCCUUUCUGGUUGCUUUGAAGUUUAUGCACGUGGAAGACGUGGACAUUGAUGAGGUCCAGUGCAUUCUAGCCAACCUGAUAUACAUGGGUCACAUUAAAGGCUACAUCUCCCAUCAACAUCAGAAACUAGUUGUCAGCAAGCAAAACCCUUUCCCACCGCUGUCCACGGUGUGCUGAUGCCCAGGCCCUGCCGACGGAGUGCGGUCCUGUUACAGCUGCCCUCUGGGGCUCACGUCUCCUGAUGCAGUCGCCAGGGCCACUGUGGCAGUUGGCAGUCGCCAGCACCUGAAGGACUCACUGUGUUCUUCAUUGUCCUGACUCAUGCCAGCCUUGUCAAGACCUGGGAUUCUCUUUCAAGGUGGACCCACCCCUGCUCUGGCCUGUGGUGCUCCUGAGCUUCCGGGAAGGAGGCAGCUGGGCAUCAGUUUAUGUCGUUUAGGGAGGCUCUCUUUAUGGCGUCUGUAGUGUUUCCUUCCUUCCUUUCUUUUUUAAAAAGGUAAUCCAAAUUUAUACAAGUAGCCCGUUCUUUACAGUAUAUUAGAUAAUGCAUCUAUUUUCAUAUGUAAAAUGUCAGCAUUUUGUGAGCUCAAAAUGCUGGGUUAACUUGAGGCUUCUUUUUAAAAAGUAUAAUUUAGGGGGUGGAGAGAUGGUUCAGGUAAGAACAGCUGCUGCUGUGCAGAGGACGUGUGUUUGAGCCCUAGCACCCACGUCACAGCUCACAGCCGUCUGACUGCAGUUCGAGGGACCCAUUGCCUUCUUUGUCCUCCGUGGGAUCCAGCACACGUGCACAUAACCUCACUCAGGCAAAGAGGCAUCCAUAAAUAAAUACAUGUUUUUUUUAAGAAAAGUAGAAUUUAGUCUGCUGUAAAUUCCAACAGUUCUAAAGGCUGCUCGGGACUAAGGCAAGGCCUGGCUGUUGGCCUCUGGUUAUGGCCCCUUCUGAGCUGCUGUUGCCUGUCCUCUGCCUCUCUUCCGUUUCCUACAGCCACUGUCCUGACAGGCCCUCACUCUGAGGCUGCAUCCAGCUUAACCCGUUCCAGAGACCCUUCCUCUAGACAGUUAGCCUGGGCAGGCUUCAGCAGAAGGCUUUGGGCACAGUGCAUCCCAUAGCACUGGAGACGCUCCAGCUUCUGCUGCUGCUGCCUCCUCCUCCUCCUCUUCUUUUUCUUUUUUUUAAAUAAAUGGUUUAUUUAUUUA